AUGGCAGCAAUUGUUGCCGCAAAUGGUGAUCUUGGAUCAUCUGCUAUAUCCUCUCAAGAGAAGUGUAGCAGGAAUAAGAGAAAAUUUCCUGCAGAUUCCCCAGUACUAGACACGCCUGAUCCUUCUUUAAUGGAAAGUGCAUACCAUGACUAUGAAACGAUUUCAGCUGAACCUUUGAGUAGUCAAGAACUUGAGAAGCAUGUAAGCUUGUGUAGUACUUGUAGAGCUCUUACUCAUAGUCUCAAGGAGGUAUUAGAUUUGGAAGAUGUAAGAGAAACUGACUGGAGUGGCAUGACAGAAACACAACUUGAGGAGCUUCUACUGAGUAAUUUGGAUGCAGCUUACAAGAAUGCAAUAAAAAAGAUUACUUCUUAUGGGUAUACAGAGUCUAUUGCAAUUAAUGCUCUCUUAAAUGUUGGUCAUUGCUAUGGUUGUAAAGACCCGGUUGCAAGUAUUGCUGAACAUGCUCUGGAGUACCUAGCAAGCGGAAAAGCAGUGGAUGUUUCUGAGAGUGAGAAUGCUUCUGAACAGAUUAGAAAGUUGGAGAAGACCUUAUUGGAAGACAUGGUUAGUGUGCUUAUGGAGAUGAGGCCUUUCAUUAGUAGAGGAAAUGCAAUGUGGUCCUUGUUAAUGUGCGAUAUGAAUCUUUCCAUUGCAUGCAUGAUGGAUACUGACACUUUCAGUAGUUCAGGAUACAGUGGCAUUUCAGGUUCUUCCGCUGUUCAGUUAAAUUCCAACUGUAAUUCCUAUGGUCCUAGUUCACUCAUGUCAGAAUGCAAUGCUCCUGCUGGUGAACUAAAUUCUUCAACUCAUCCUCCUCUUUCCUUUAGCAAUGAAACCUCAAGCUUGGCUAGCGUCCCUGGUUUACCUUCUUCACGGUUCUAUGCCUCAGGCAGUGUGCAUGGUCCAUACAGCCAUUCAGAACCUUUAGAGGAGAAUCCACUAACUUCAUCUAAAUCUUUAGAGGAGAAUCUCUUCUCUCAUGCUCUACCUAGAUCUUCUCUUCCGCGUGAAAAGCCUACUGGAAGUAAAAAACGACUUGCUAGUAGCUCUAGAGAUCGGUGCCGAUCAAAUCAAUCUGAUAGGAAUAGUCGACUUCAUGGUUAUAGGUCAGGUUCAAGAUCAACCAAAACUAGCAACUUGGCUAGUGUUCUGUUAGACAAAAAGAAUAAGUCCGUUUCAGGUUUUAUCAGUAAUCCAAAAUCCUCUCCACAAAAACUGGAUAAAACAAUUGAACUGGCCUCUUCAGAAUCAAUUACAACUCAGACCUUCUCUUUUACUGCUGGUUCAUCUAACAUUGUAUCAACUGGCUUGGAUACAGUCAAUAAGAACCCUUCCUUGCCUCCUGCAAGCAUUGAUGCUUCCUUAUUGUUCAGGCUAGUUCAAACUGGACACCUAUGA